AUGGGUGACGAGUAUGAGCCACUUGGCCCAACGUUAGCGGCCCCACCACCACCCCCUCUUCUUGGAUCGAGUCCUGCUCCUCCUGAAGUUAAUGAUGGUGAUGCGAAAUCAGCCACUGAAAACAUUGGUGUCGUUGAAGAGAAAGGUGGAAAGUCGGGCGCUGCUGAAUGUCCUGGUAGUGGUAAUUCAAAAAAGCAUGCCUUAUGGGCAGUUGAAGAGGAGCUGCACUUCAGCUACGAGAUAUUUUGCUUGCAUCGUUUAGUGAUCAGCUGUCUGUCAAUUCCAGUGAUCAAUUUCUUGCUUUCUUCUUUUGUUCUUUCGAAGAACAGUGCUAGAAAAAAGAAUUGGCAGUUCGGAACCAGCGACUAUUCGAGUACGUUGCCUAGUAGCAUCAUGCAUGAUCUUUGUGCUGUGUUUCAUCGGUAUUGGAAUGAUCGUUUUCUUGAGUUUACUAGUGUUGACAAAGUGUUUUGGGAACGAAAGUUGUCCGAUGUUGGAUUACGUCAGAAUCUAGUAACAUCUGCUAUAGCUACGAUUAUACAUACAGAUACAUCCCUGUAUACAAUAUCAGCGCUGCACGAUGAUGCUUUCAAGCUGUACUACGGAAAUGAGACUUACAAAUCCAGAGUAAUGUGGACUGAGGAGCAAGCGACGCCGUUUGAAGGUUUGUUCGCGAUUUGA